AUGUUGUGUGAUUUCGAUAUUCGACGAUGCUCAGCUGAACAACUUGCUACAGAUAUUUCGAAAUUAGCUUUUCAAACCACUGUCAAUCACAAAGGAUUUUCGAUUCAACCCACUGCAAGUUUUCAACGUAAAAUGUCAUUUACACAUAGUUGUCAAGCAUGGAUAGCCCAUGAAGAAAAACCCGUUAAUGUUCAUCAAUGGAAAGGAGGAGUGGCGGUUUCAUUCGAAAUCCGUCCACGAGAGUUCGGCCAGAUUCCAAUUGUAUUUUAAUCAGGUCUGUACCUUGUACCUUUUAGGUGAGUAAAACGUCGGAAAGUCGACUUUCAUUUUUCCGUGCCCUGGGGCCCCCCAGGGAACCUAAAAAAUUUUCAUCUUUAAUCCUUAUUUUUUCGCUUGUAUCGGAUAUCGCUCGUCGAGCGGAUCAGAAAAAUGUGGUUUUUAUUAAAAACUGGCCGAGAAAUAAGACAUUUUUUAACGACCGAUCAUUCUCUAACGACAUAUACAUUGAUGCGUGAGGAAAUAUAAAGACUUCGAACCA